CAAAAUGAUGAAAACUAACUCUAGCAUCUUCCAUUUUGCCAUCAUCUUCAUGUUAAUACUUGAGACCAAAAUCCAACUGACUGAUGAAAGUGAAUUUUUGGUUGACAGAUCAGAAUCAAGUCUCUUUCAUGUUCCCAAAAACCUAUCCCUGAAAACAACAAUCUUAAAUAUAUCACAAAACUAUAUAUCUGAGCUUCGGACUUCUGACAUCGUAUCACUGUCAAAGCUAAGGAUUUUGAUAGUUUCUCAUAACAGAAUUCAAUAUCUUGAUAUUAGUGUUUUCAAAUUCAACCAGGAAUUGGAAUAUUUGGAUUUGUCCCACAAUGAAUUGUGGAAGAUUUCUUGCCAUCCUACUAUGAAUCUCAAGCAUUUAGACCUCUCAUUUAAUGCAUUUGUUGGCCUACCCAUAUGCAAAGAGUUUGGCAAUAUGUCUCAACUAGAAUUUCUGGGGUUGAGUGCCACACAAUUACAAAAAUCUAGUGUGCUACCAAUUGCUUCUUUGCAUAUAAGUAAGGUUUUACUGGUCUUAGGAGACACUUAUGGGGAAAAAGAAGACCCUGAGAGCCUUCAAAACUUUAAUAUAGAAAGUCUACACAUUAUUUUCCCCACAAGAAAAGAAUUCAGUUUUAUUUUGGAUGUAUCAGUCAGCACAGCAGUAAGUCUGGAACUUUCCAAUAUCAAAUGUGUGCUAGAUGAUAACGGGUGUUCUUAUUUCCAAAAUGUUCUGUUAAAACUUCAGAACAACUCAAGGUUAUCAAAUCUUACUUUAAACAACAUUGAAACAACUUGGAAUUUUUUCAUUAUGAUCAUCCAGUUGGUUUGGCAUACAAGCAUAAAGUAUUUCUCAAUUUUAAAUGUAAAACUACAAGGUCACCUUGACUUCAGAGAUUUUGAUUAUUCGAACACUUCACUGAAGGCCUUCUCUAUACACCAAGUGGUCACUGAUGUGUUCAGUUUUCCACAAAGUUAUAUCUAUGAAAUCUUUUCAAAUAUGAACGUCCAAAAUUUCACAGUGUCUGGUACACAUAUGGUCCACAUGGUUUGUCCAUCCCAAAUUAGCACAUUUUUAUAUUUGGAUUUUUCUAAUAAUCUCUUAACAGACGUGGUUUUCAAAAAUUGUGGAAAUUUGGCUAACUUAGAGACACUUAGUUUACAAAUGAAUCAAUUAAAAGAACUUGCAAGUAUAGUUUAUAUGACCAAAGAGAUGAAGUCUCUACAACAAUUGGAUGUUAGUCAGAAUUCUCUAAGGUAUGAUAAAAAUGAAGGAGAUUGCUCUUGGACUACAAGUUUAUUAAGUUUAAAUAUGUCUUCAAAUAUACUUACUGACUCUGUUUUCAGAUGUUUACCUCCUAAGAUCAAGGUACUUGAUCUUCACAAUAACCAAAUAAGAAGCAUUCCUAAACCAAUCAUGAAACUAGAAGCUUUGCAAGAACUCAAUGUUGCCUCCAAUUCCUUAGCCCACCUUCCUGACUGUGGAGCUUUUAGCAGCCUUUCUGUACUGAUCAUUGACCAUAAUUCAAUUUCCAACCCAUCAGCUGAUUUCUUCCACAGCUGCCAGAAGAUUAGGUCCAUAAGAGCAGGAAACAAUCCAUUCCAAUGCACCUGUGAGCUAAGAGAAUUUAUCCAGAGUAUAGGCCAAGUAUCAAGUGAAGUGGUAGAGGGUUGGCCUGAUUCUUAUAAGUGUGACUAUCCAGAAAGCUAUAAAGGAACCCCACUAAAGGACUUUCGUGUGUCUCAGUUAUCCUGCAACACAGCUCUGCUGCUUGUCACCAUUGGGGUCACUCUGUUGGUGUUGACUGUUACUGUGACUGCCCUCUGUAUGUACUUUGAUCUGCCCUGGUAUCUCAGGAUGGUGUGUCAGUGGACCCAGACCCGGCACAGGGCAAGGAACCUACCCUUAGAAGAACUCCAAAGAACCCUUCAGUUCCAUGCUUUUAUUUCAUAUAGUGGGCAUGAUUCUGUGUGGGUGAAGAGUGAAUUACUACCAAACCUAGAAAAAGAAGACCUAAGGAUUUGUCUCCAUGAGAGAAACUUUGUUCCUGGCAAGAGCAUUGUGGAGAAUAUCAUCAACUGCAUUGAGAAAAGUUACAAGUCCAUUUUUGUUUUGUCUCCCAACUUUGUUCAGAGUGAGUGGUGUCAUUAUGAACUCUACUUUGCCCACCACAAUCUAUUUCAUGAAGCUUUUGAUAACUUAAUUUUGAUCUUGCUGGAGCCUAUUCCACAGUAUUCCAUUCCCAGCAGCUAUCACAAGCUCAAAAAUCUCAUGGCACGAAGGACUUAUUUGGAAUGGCCCAAGGAGAAGAGCAAACAUGGACUUUUUUGGGCUAACCUAAGAGCAGCUAUUAAUAUUAAAUUGAUGGAGCAAGCAAAAUAAAUAGAUCACACAUAGAUCAAAAAAUAUAUGUGUGCUGCUUUUGGAAAAAUGUUGCUGCUUUUGGAAGUUCCAACAAUGACUUUAUUUUCAUCAACACAAAUCUAAAUGCAAUUUUGAAUGUGUGAUGCAGAUAAACACAUGUACUUUCAGGCUCCAGUUCACCAUUUACAUAUGGCAAUGAAAAUUAAUGAACUAAUUGUAAACAGUUAAUGUCUAACACAUGAAGAAUUCAUUUUUUCUUUUCUUCUCCCUCCCUCCCUUCCUUCCUUCCUUCCUUCCUUCCUUCCUUCCUUCCUUCCUUCCUUCUUUCCUUCCUUCCUUCCUUCCUUCCUUCCUUCCUUCCUUCCUUCCUUCCUCUAGCCCUGAAUUCAUUGAAUUUGUCAUGUAAUCAAGAGAAGUAGCUGUUUAUACAACUUUAGUUUCUAUAGCAGAUAUCUAUAGCUGUUGAUGCCCUUCUCACUUCUACUCAAGUUUGCCCCUGCGUGUUGAAAGCUACUUAUUGCUAAUGCUGUAGGCUCUUUGCCUGAAGGAUUUUCUCCUGGCCAUGGUGGCACUUUGCUCACACAAAGGGCAAUUUAGAAAUGCUGGAUAUUUUUCUUGGAGGGAGCUCUCAACCAAUGUCAGGAGAACUGGCAGAUAAAUACCCCAAAUUUCUCACCCAUUUUGGGGAUAAAUCUGGGGUGUGCUUUAUACUAUCCCUGAGUUCCCCAGUAGAAUGGAAUUCUAAUUCUCCAUGGUAGAAACAGCUUAAUAAAUGUAUUUUUUAUUGGCUUCCUU